GGUGACGCCAUACCGGAGGAGGAUGAGGAGGCGUGCAGCAUCAGCGGCACUAAAGGAGCACAAACGGUUACUUUCGGCUAUUUUUGACCUUUCUUAUGUUUAAUGCAUCACUUGAAGCCUUUGAACAUGGCGUACUGGGUGAUUUGGUACCGCACUCACUGAUACGUCGGAGAUAUGUUGUUUCCUCCGGAAUAAAUCAGAAGAACGAGGCAUCACCGGAAGAAGGCUGAAACAUCAAUUUAAUCGAUUGAUUUAGAGGAGAGCGUUCGGAGGAGCGGCCGGAAUGUCUUCUAGCCCUCCAUCAAAGGAGUGCCUGUAAAAGCGGAACCAAACGAUGAGGUAACUGAGCGCGUUUACAGCGCUCUGGUUCCGGGAUGAGACAGGAGCGGCUCCCCGCCGCCGGCAGAAGGCCGAGAGCGGGCGUGAAGCAGCGGCAGCAAAGCUCGGGAGGGGUCGGUAACAUCAUCAGCAGCGUCCUGAAGAAGCGCAACGGGAUAUCCAGGAGUGCACCCCGGCUGCUGUGUACCUUAGAGCCAGGGGUUGACACAAGGCUGAAGUUUACCAUCGAACCAUCUCUGGGAAAGAAUGGAUUUCAGCAGUGGUACGAUGCCCUCAAAGCUGUGGCAAGACUUCCAACUGGGAUACCAAAGGAAUGGAGGAACAGGGUUUGGCUAACCUUAGCAGACCAGUACCUCCACAGUAUCUCUAUCGACUGGGAGAAGACUCUUCGUUUUGCCUUUAAUGAACGCAGCAAUCCAGAUGAUGACUCCCUUGGGAUCCAGAUCGUCAAGGAUCUACACAGGACAGGCUGCAGCUCUUAUUGUGGCCAGGAAGGGGAACAAGACAGGGUGGUGCUGAAGAGGGUGCUUCUGGCAUACGCCCGCUGGAAUAAAACUGUGGGUUACUGCCAAGGAUUCAAUGUACUGGCUGCGCUUAUACUGGAGGUUACAGAAGGCAAUGAAAGUGAUGCACUGAAGGUGAUGAUCUAUCUUAUCGAUAAAGUGCUGCCUGACAGUUAUUUUGCCAACAACUUGCGAGCGUUAUCAGUGGACAUGGCGGUAUUCAGAGACCUGCUGCGUCUAAAGCUGCCGAGGCUUUCCCAGCACCUCCACCACCUCCAGAAAGCAGCCAACCGAGAGGCUGGAGGCAGCUACGAGCCUCCGCUGACCAACGUCUUCACUAUGCAGUGGUUUCUGACCAUGUUCGCUACCUGCCUGCCGGCACCCACCGUGCUGAAGAUCUGGGACUCUGUUUUCUUUGAGGGGUCAGAGGUGCUGUUUCGAGUUGGUCUCGCCAUCUGGGAGAGACUGGGAGAGAGGAUAGAGUACUGUCAGACAGCAGAUGAGUUUUACAGCACCAUGGGUUGUCUCACUCAAGAGAUGUUGGAGCACAACCUCAUCGAUCCUACAGAGCUCAUGCAGGAGGUUUACUCCAUGGCGGUGUUUCCCUUCCCUCAGCUAGCCGAGCUAAGAGAGAAAUACACCUACAACAUCACUCCGUUCCCUACCUCAGUGAAAUCCAAUGGAAGUGGUGGUCUGGGCAGCUGGGAGAGCGAUGAUGACGCCGACAUGGACGAUGAAGAUUCUGUGGUGACUGCGCUCGGCUGUCUGGGUCCCCUGGGUGGCCUACUGGCCCCCGAGCUGCAGAGAUACCAGAAACAUCUCAAAGACCAGCGAGGCGAACAGGGAAGCAUCGCAGAGCUGAGCCCCGGAGCAGUGGGAGGAGGAGGAGGAGCGGCUGGCAGUGGAGGAUCAGGAGGAGGAGGUGCAAGGGCAGAGCAUCAAGCGGCCAUUAACGGCAUGAUGAUGGAGAGAAUGAGCACCGACAUCUACGCCCUGAAGAAGCAAUACGCACGCAUCAAACGACGGCAGCAGCAACAGGCUAUGCAACUCUACAUCCGCACAGGACCUGGACCUGUAGCGCCCACAAGUCCAGGGGUUCUUCAGGGGGCUUCCAGCAAACAGAGUGGGAGCACUACUGAGCAGCACACUGACGACAAGUGUCCUGCCACCCGUGUCCUGGCCUCACAGCUCAACCCUUCCAGUUCAGUGAUAAACCAUCUCCUCCUGGGCCGAAAACCACGUGGAGGUGCUCGAGGCUACAGACCGAGUUCUGCUUCAACGUCCAUUUUACCAGGGGCCCGACCUAGUUCUCUGUUCCAUAGUCCGGUUCCUCCGGGUUCCCCAGCCAGGCAGCGCUGUAGCUCCCUGGCCUCAAAUAGCACUGGAUCUCCAGGAAGCUCCAGAGGAAGUGGAGGAUCACCUUGGCGCGCUCAUGUUCGGCAACAUCGGAGGAAUAUAGCUAGGGCUAGAGCUCAGCUGGGAUUUGGAGAUUCAGAGGACAGGGAAGAUGAAGAGGAGAAGGAAAAAAGAGAAUCAGCAAAGUUGGAGGAUGAGGAGCAGGAGGAGAAACAGAGUGAGGAAAAUAAAUGGGAUGAUGAGCAGAAAGAGGCGAGCGACUCUUUUAUACCUCUGUCUCCUGACUCCUCUGGUACGGGGUCAGCAUGUGAAGAGGCUUUACAGGGUUCAGAUGAGACUAAAGGAGCAGAAGUUGCAGAUGUGGUAGUGCAGCUGGACUCCCUGACUCUAGAGAGUGAAUCAAAUCAAAGUUCUCCCAACGACCAAAACCUAGAUACAGUACCCAAAUUACCAGAGUUUAAACCUGCACCCCAAGUCCCUCUCCUCCGUCCACCGCCAUCCUCCAUCAGACAUAAAGAGUCUGACUCAUCAGAAAGACACGCUGGCUCUGUCAGAUGCUUUUCUCCUCCUACUACUCCACCACCUCACCACUCCUCCAACUCCUGCAUCUCUUCUUCAUCACCUUCCACACCAAGCACACCCCACUCUCCAACAGCUCCUCCUUCUCUUGAUCAAUCUUCCUCAGAUUCUCCUACACUAACCUCCACUCCAAAACCCAACUCCACCUCUUCCUUACCAUCUUCUUCAUCAGCUAAUUGCUUAUCUGCGCUCUCUCCUCCUGCCUCCUCCACCUUUUACAAAACCUCCUCCCCCUCCACCCCCUCCCUCUCUUCUAUCUCCUCAUCUUCUAGACCCCAAGUAUCCUCUUCCCCGUCAACCCCGGGGCUCUCCUCCAUUCCUAAACAGCAAGUCUUCUCCCCGUUCCCUUGUGUGAAGCAGCCCAGGAAGUCUGUCGCAGCCAGAAACCUUGGCCUCUACGGUCCCACCUCCAGAACUCCCACCGUCCACUUCCCUCAGCUCAGCCGCAACCUCAACCGCAGUAGUGCAGCCGGACUGACGGGCAGGCGAUGAAAAGUCCUGACUGCACCAUGUUGCCUCCUGCAUAUUAGGAAAAACACUUAAUAAUAACCGACAGUAAAAGGUCUAAAAGAUUGAAGCUCAGCUGUAGUUUAAGAAGUAACUAAGUGUUAACUUUGUUUGUUUGGGGGGGGGGAUUCCCACUGCAUUAGUACAUUUGAGGAGCUUGGGACAGCAUCCAGACCCUCACUGUGGCCUAUGCAGGUCAUUCUUGACCAUAAUGGAUUAAAAAAAAAAAAAACAACAAAAAAGAUUUCCAUGGGUGGAGGCUCCAUCUGUUAAGUAUAUACGCAUCUCUUCAGUAGCAGCUUGUUCUCCUGGACUGAAACGUGAAGAUGCUGUGGUCAGAUUCUUCCCUCUGGACUUCCUUGGACCAUAUUUACCAAUACAGUGGAGUAUCUUUUCCUAUGAGUUUGCACAAUAGCCAUCCAGUUGUUUCUAUGCCAAGUAUUUAAAAAUAAUAAGUACACACGAAACAUGACAUACCUAAGAAUUUCUGUAAUGGAGAAAUGAAAAGAACUGCCUAAUGAUAUCCUGAAGCACUUAACAUUUUUGUUGUAAUGUUAAAACCUGUGCAUGUGUUUGUUUGUUUCUACCAGUCAUCAAGAGUGAAUGAAGAUCAGGGGCAUUUUUUCUUAGUUUGGUUUGAAGGCUGUGUAAAUGAAAUGAAUCUAAAUAUAAAAGGCAUUUGUUCUGAAACUGGUUACUGGAAUUGAUGGGCUCUUGUUUUACAGUAGUUCCAAAUGUGAUGAUUUAUAAGGCAAAGGCAGAAACACUUACUGUGUCAGCACUUUGAAUUUUGUCAGUACAAGUAUUCAACCACAGGAAUGCUUCUCACUGGGCUUUGACUGCAAUGCAGCUGCCUAAAUAAAUGGGGAUUCCAGCAUGAGAAGCCACAGUACAGUUCUUAUGAUGUAUGCUUAUGACCUUUGAGAAUUUUGAAGUUCUAAUUCAGUUCAAGUCUCAGAAAUUAACCUGAUAAGUUGAUACAAGUCAGACUUAUACAAAUAAUCCAGACAGCAUUUACUGCAGUGUGACAAUCAUUACACCGCUUAAUAAUGCUGCAUCUGAAAGAGAAAAAGUUCUGAUAGCUUAUUUGUAAUUUAGUCAAAACGUAUAAAAUAUCCUCAGUUUUUGUGAGAUUGGUUUAUCUUGUGAAAUGAUUCUGGUUCCUUUCAUGUAUUUAUGCACACAUUAUUCAUUUUAUAUCGGUUUAUAAUAAAACUGCCAAAUUCACAGACAUGUACUGCACUUCACUUGACAUAAAGACAUCCAGUUGUUCUGAAUCUCUUAUCUUGGAUUUUCUGAGGAAUAUUUUUCAUUGAGGCUUUCACAAGACUUCUUCAAAGUUCAGAAGUGCAUAUAUCUAUUAAGUGCUUGAAUUUGUUACCCCCUGCCUGAUUUAUUGGCUGAGUUUUAUUGUGGCUUAGAUUGGAAACCUUGGGAGACAGGCGUGUUUGUCAGCCUGAAUGCAUUUUAGAUGCUGCUGCUUGUAUCCUGAGGUAUUAUCAGUUCAGCUGAUGCCUUCAGAAACACUGCAUUAUCCAGCUAAUAGCCUGUAACAGCACCAUCUAUAAAACUCAGAUGCCCCAAUUGUCUCAUUAAUACAGGAAAUUAUGUAUGCUUGCAGUCAGGUGAAUGUUGUGUGCUUCUGUUUUUCAUGCAUUAUCCAAGUUGGCCCAGAGGAGCACACUUUUUCUUUCAUGGCACAACUUUAAAAAUAAACUUUUGCUUUUGUGAUUUUAAAUAAAUAACUUGCUAUGCUUAGCUAACAUUUAAUUUAGCUAAGCAUAAGCAUUUAAUUUCAAAUGUAACAAAAAGAACAAAGUGAGCUGGUUACGAAUGUAGGACAAACAGCUGCACUAUGAUGUAAUAUGUGGAGAAGGAUUCAUCAUUAAAUGUGAAAUGGUUAGCUCAGUCUAAAGCUGAGCUGCAGAAGAGCUGGCUUUAGAGCUUUAGGUUUCUCUCAUUUUCUUAUUUUUAAAUCUUCAUUGAUGGAAGUUGUGCGUUGCACAGAGGGACAGAUGAGAAAAAAACAGUUAAAGCAAGCUGUUUUUAGCAUUCCCACUCCAUCCGCCCUGCCUGCAAUCUCUUCUUCAUUUCUCUUGUGCACAAUCUGUUGGUUUGGGUGGUUGAUACUAGGAAUUUAAACUCCCCUGCCUUCACUGUCUUUACUCCUUGCAGCUUCAUCAUUCCGAUCAGAUCAGUCUUGUCUGCAAUCAUCAUAGACCACGCAUACUCUUGCCUGAACUCAUCUGUCAACCCGUCCAUUACUGUUGGAAGCAAAAAGGGCCUAUCUUGAACGUCUCUGUCACUUCUGCCAACAACGUUCCCAUAUCUUCAUCACUUUUACGUAUAGCCCCUUACUUCCUCCUUACCAAUCCUCUUCCUUCAUCUAUCUUCUUCUUUAAUUUUCUUCAGUAAUCAGCUCCUUAAAGUACUCCUUCCAACUUAACACACUGUUAAUUCAUUUAGUAUGUUUCUGUCUCUGUCCUCAUCCUAACCCGCUGCACAUCCUUUCUAGUGUGAUCUCUCUCUGCCUAGCAGUACAAGUCUUUUUCUCCUUCCUUAUUGUCCAGCCUCACAUACAGCUGCUGUUUUUCUCCAUAGUUGCAGAAAUUUGUGAAAUUGUUAGCAUAAUGAAGCAAAUCCAGUAAUCCACUGGAGACGCAUGGAUGGUUUUCCUUACUGAAAUUUAAGUCUGAGCACCUGUCUGGGACCACAGGUGUGAUCCAGAGUUCAUCAGUUAUACCCAUGAUCAUUUUUAUCUCAUUUAAAACUUCAUUUGAGUUUAUUUUCUCAUUUAAGUGUAAGGGGAAAAGGCAUUUGGCACAGCUGCUGUAUCUGGUUUCCACGGUCACAUUUUAAAAUCAUGACUCUUUGCUGUAGUAUCAUGAAAACAUCUGUCAUUUUUGCAUAGCAUGUCAUUUUUCCCCCUGAUUCUCUUGCCAACAAAAACACUGUAUUUGGUUUCAUGUGAAGCAGCAGCUGUGUGUCGUAUGUUGUGUAUGAUGUGUUAAAAGGAUAUGUUACCACGUACUGUACACCAAACUAUCCUCAGUUACUGUAAAGAGUUUUGAUGUACUGUAAUUUCCACACUCCAAAUAAAGAAGUACU